GUUCUUUUAUUUUGACAGUUCCUUCGUUCAGUAUGCAAUAAGAAAAAUAGGAAAACUUGACGAAUAAACAAUUCGCAGAAAAGUGAGUGAUUAUUUGGGCUUGGUGGCGAAAACAGUGCUAAUUUGGGAGUGCGUGGCCAAAAUGUGGAACUCCCAGACAAAGUCCGUGUCAGAGAAGGGUCAGGAGAGUGGAAGUCCACCGGUAAAGACGUUCGGGAUGACGUCGGCAAUAAGUAUGGCUGGGCCAAAGCCGGAAGACUUUGAGUUGACUAAGGAACUGGAGAAGACGCUGCAGCCAUUCAAUGUGUUCGAGUCCGAGGCUGAACUCAAUCAUCGCAUGGAAAUCCUGGCCAAGCUCAAUACUCUCGUAAAACAAUGGGUACGAGAUGUAUCCAUUGCCAAGAAUAUGCCCGAGCAGAUGGCCGAGAAGCUGGGUGGGAAGAUUUACACAUUUGGAUCCUAUCGAUUAGGGGUGCAUCACAAAGGGGCUGAUAUUGAUGCUCUCUGCGUUGCCCCGAGAAAUAUUGAUCGCAAUGACUACUUCACAUCGUUCCUGGAGGUGCUAAAGAAGCAGCCAGAAGUGACGGAGUGUCGGGCCGUGGAGGAGGCCUAUGUACCGGUGAUAAAGAUGAAUUUCGAUGGGAUUGAGAUUGACUUGCUCUUCGCCCGACUCACACUCAAGGAGAUUCCGGACAACUUUGACUUGCGCGAUGAUAUGCUGCUUAAGAAUCUCAAUCCAAAAUGUGUGAGAAGCCUCAAUGGAUGCCGAGUGACAGAUGAGAUUCUGAGACUUGUACCCAAUAUUGAGAACUUCCGUUUGGCACUGCGAACAAUAAAACUCUGGGCAAAGCGUCAUGGGAUCUAUUCAAACUCCCUGGGAUUCUUUGGUGGUGUCUCAUGGGCAAUGCUGGUAGCCAGAACAUGUCAGCUGUAUCCCAAUGCAAUUGCCUCGACACUUGUUCACAAAUUCUUCAUGGUAUUUUCGCGAUGGAAGUGGCCACAUCCCAUUCUCCUCAAGCAACCGGACAAUGUCAAUUUGGGCUUCCUCGUCUGGGAUCCGCGUGUUAACUCUUCAGAUCGAUACCACCUGAUGCCCAUCAUAACACCAGCAUAUCCCCAGCAGAAUUCUACGUACAAUGUCUCAAUAUCAACGAAGAAGAUUAUCUGCAAUGAAUUUGAACGUGGCAUGAAGAUAAUGGAUGAAAUUGUUCAGGGGAAACUGACAUGGAAGUCCCUUUUUGAAGCGCCAAGCUUCUUCUUUCAGUACCGCCACUUUAUUGUGCUCCUCGUGAGUUCUCAGAGUGCUGAGGAUCACCUGGAGUGGUGUGGUCUCGUGGAAUCGAAGGUCAGAGUACUCAUCCUGAACCUCGAGCGCAAUAUGUACAUCUCCCAUGCCCAGGUCAAUCCCAAAUGCUUCGACCAGGUACCGUCCAAGACCACGUCCCCAUUCUGUUCAAUGUGGUUCAUCGGCCUGGAGUUUCAGCGCACGGAAAAUCUCAAUGUUGAUCUCACCGAGAGCAUACAGACUUUUACAGAUCACAUCCACAAGCACGCGAUGAAUAUCAAGAUGCUGAAGGAGGGAAUGAAGAUUGAAGCGCGGCAUGUGAGAAAGAAACAAUUGAAUCAGUAUUUGGAUCCGGAAUUUCUGCGUAGGGAGCGUAAGCAUACAGAAAUGCUGGAGAAUUCAACGCCAACACUAUCGAGGAAGCGAUCAAACAACAGUAACGACGAAACAACCUCCUCUCAGCCAGGAACUCCACAGCAGGAUGCGAGUAAAAAGAAGAAGAGGUUGUCAGAAACCUUUGACGACAGUCCACGGACGACACCCAAUACUUCGGUAAAUGUGAUUGUUGAUGGUGACAUGGGGGAUGGGCAGGAAUCGGUGGAGGGGUGCAAUACGAGUGUUACGCAUAUGAACACAUCCCAGAAGGAAGUUGAAGUGGAGGCUGUGGAGCAGCAAAAGGGUGAUGCAGCGACUACACAGACAAAAACUGAAGUAAUCAGCACAUUACAGGGAUGAUUGGAGCAUCAAGCUGAUCCUGGCGGAGUUACUGUGGUCACGUGAGAUUCCAUGUAAGUUGCUAUAGACAGAAAAAAAAAGAUUAAUGUGUAGGGAUUGUUUUUUCUGAACUCAUUCAAUGGACUUUCCUUCGUGGGGAAUUCGGUUUUUAGAUGACACCCCUGUAAAGUGAAAAUUCUGCGCUUAUUUCAUCCGACUGCUCCACAACUCCAUCAUUGUCCAAGGACAGACAGCAUAAAUAUUUGACUUUUAAUUUAAAAAAAAAGUUGACCAAUUGGAAGGUUUUACAGUGUAAAAUGAAUUACACUAAAGUUAAAGUAAACGAAUACCGUUUAGAGGGGAGGGUGGGGCAGAUUCAUAUUUCACACAGCUUAACUAAAAUUCAACUUUAUGUCCUAUUCGUUCUUUUGGAUAUUGGAUAACUUGAAAUAUUAUAAAACGUUUUCUAAAAAUUAAUUAUCCUAAAAAUAACAUUUUCCUAAAGUCAAGCGUUUGUGAAACUGCCCCACCUUCACCUAUACAUAAAAUAGACGAUAAACUUUAGGGUUUCUUAAGUUUUCAACCACCGGACUUCACUUAUGUAGAUGAAAAAGGGGUAUAAUUGACAAAAUAAAAGAAAGGGAAAAAGGAGCGAAAAAAACAAUCCUCAAAAGUCACGAGACUAAAAAACAACAUUCACACAGAACUAUACGUUAUCAUCUUUUUUUUAAAGAAGAUUAAAUAAAAAAAAUUGGUGUUAGUCUGAUGAAAGACCUUUAAAACAUCAAAUAUUAUAAGAAAAAUUUUAUGAGUUAUUUUUCACAAUUUAUUAGUAGACGAAAAAAGAAAUGUAGUAAUUUAGAAUAUUAGCAUUAAAAUAAAUAUUUUCUAGACUGUAGCGUA